UACCUAUCGUUCGGUUCAAGUGACGGGACUGUUUCCACCGUCGCGGCAGUCAGUGAUCGAAGGAGUUUCGGGGAUACCCGUCGGUUCUCCCGUUCGUGUCCGAGCUUAGGCUCCAAUCUGGCCGAUAACGAAGGAUGUGACGUAGCACGUGAUGGUGACGCCAUCUUACCGACCGGCCGCCAAUCAUAUCGCGCGGAGGGCGAGGGUGGAAUUGGCGUAAACGGAGCUCCUGGCAUCGAAUGGAGCGAGAGCGGACCGUCCUCGCUUUCUAUGUCGGUCGAUCUGCAUAAUCUGGUGAAUCCGAAUCUCCAAGACUCUGGUCAUUAUUCCGCCAGUCCCGAGCACGUAGACGCGACCGCUUCAUCCUGCGACGUAAAAACACCGAGAAGUCACGACGAAGAGGAAAGUUACGAGGCUUUCGGUUCCGUCGAGGGCGACGCCGAUGACGGGGUGGACUCACCUGGUGGUAGUAGUUCUGCGCCUUCGCCCACCGGCACCAAUUCGCUCAAAAACCCUAGAAGCCCGAAUUCAACCAUAGGAAGGCACUCCUGGUUGCGGACAUCGCUUAGACGAACACCAUCGUGCCAACUAUACCGAAGUGGCAGUUUUAAUAGCUCUGGCAGGGGCUCCAACUGUGAUCCAGCGGACGAUAUGUACAGCGAUGUCUCCCUUGAGGAUGAUGUCAUUGAUCUCAAUCAUAAAACCGCGAAGAGCAAAAGAGACGCGAAACAGAAUUUUCCUGCGGAAUUUAUCCUAUUUUCCGAGCUGACUGCCGAAAACGAUAGGCAAUAUGUUUUCUGCGACGGAUGCGACGGUUUCACGUCUGGAACUGAUAAUAACAGGGGUUGCGUACGCGACGAAAGUAGAAACACAGGUAUCAUAGAGUUUUUAGCGGAAAAGAAGACCAAUGUCGGCACGAACAUGUCCGGAACAACUAUGUCCCGAUCGACAGCCACCUAAAUCGAGAAUUGAAUGCAAUGAAAAAUGUCAAAGAAUAUUUGAUACUAUUUAGAAUACAUUAAAAUUGAUAAGAAAGAAAGGUAGAACGUAAUCGUGGCGGAGUUAAUUGUUAAUUAGGAAUGAUCCAAGGAAUUGCAUAAAAUUGAGAUUCAGUUAUACUCGUUAAUGAGGAGGAUGUGAAUUUUUCGGUUCGAAAACUGUAAUCGGAGUACGGAAUAUGUAGAAAAUAUGGAAGUUCGUUGGUUUCGCGUGUGAAGAAAAUAAAAUAUACUGUGAAGCUUUUUAUGGAAUAUAUAGAGGUGUGAAUAAUUAUAGGUUUGGAAGGUAGAUACUUAAUAUUUUAAUAAAUAAUCAAAUAAAAAGUAAUCAAAAUCCUUGAGAAUAAUUUUUAUUGUUUUUGAUAUAGAAUCUAAUAAUACACAUCUAUUAUAGUUAAACUACGCUUAUGAGAAAUAACUUUGAACCUACAAUUGUUCACGCCACUGUAUAUUUGUAUAGCAAUCGUCAUCUUUUAGUAUAAUUGUAUACGGUGUUGUAAAAAAAUGUUUGCGAAUCAUCCUUUUAAAAUGUGAAACUGUUGGUAGAUGGAGAAUAACGAAAAUUUGAUAUUGCUCCGUGAAAGAAAUUUAUGUAAUUUUAUACGGACGAAGAAACAGAGUGUGAAAAUAAAAUGAAAGUAUUCUAAAUGUUUAUUUUCAAGAGAAUUAAACUGAAGUAAUAAAAUUUGUAUUUACUCCACUAUUAUGCUUUCGGUCGAUGAAGUAGGUUAAUCGUAUAAAUUUAAUUAAUGAACAUAUAAAAUUGAACCACCGUAUAUAUAUGUUUCGUCACAGAAAACAUUUGCGAAACGAUCCUGAUACAAAAUAUUGGUGGCAGGUUCCAGUGUAAAUUUCAAAGUACAAAAUUAUUCGUGACUAUACAAACGA